UGCGCGGGGCACCACGGGGGCUUUGAUCCAGCUCCUGCGCGGGACACUACGGGAGUUGUGGUCGUACCGGCCACCGCCUGCAGCAGUAUAACUGUCAGGAAGUCUAAAAGGGUCCGCACCUGCGGGAGACUGAUUCCGGCGGCUGCGUUUGGCGGUGACUUCGGACAGGAAACAAGGAUCGAGUAGAGGCUGUGGUUUCCUGGGGUCUAGCACCUUGUUUUCAGCGUGUUUGUCACUUUGAACGUUCAUUUGUUGCAUUUGCGACUCACCUUUUUAGGAAUGGUGUUCAGAUUGCAAGGCGUUCAGAGAUGAACAGGAAAACAAAAAGUAAUAAGAGGGCGUGCGCCGCCCGGGAAUCGAACCCGGGUCGCAAGAAUGGGAAUCUUGCAUGAUACCACUACACCAGCGGCGCUGUCGAGCGACUCUCUCCUCUGGAGGAUAUACGAAUUGUGACGCAAACGUGCUACUGUAACACCAGUGCGCAUGCGUCUUUUCUAUUGCGCGCCAGCUCUCUGUUAACAAGGGUUUACAGGACGUGAUAUCCCUCCCACCAGAUAGAUCCCAAAGGCUUGCUGGUGCCGCGAGAUUUAAAGACAGCCAGUAUUUGGUUCUGCGCGUGAAAACCAUAGCAGUCGCGAUCUCUUGGAAGCGUGAAGACGCGCUCAGGUCCUGACGUUUAGCCGGCCCAGCCCUGUGGGCGUGGGCGGUAACCGAAUGGAGCUUGAGGGACCAAGAUGCAGGACUCCUCAGGCCUGGGCUAUUUGGGGCUCAGAUGAGCUUUGUGUGACGCUGAGAAAGCUGGCAAUAGCUCGAGGUUCACGGAUAGAUAGCAGGAGGCGGUCAGUGACUAUAGAAAUGAAAUUCGAAGCGACAAGCAACAAGGUCUCUGAUGCUCACCUUGCGUGGGGGUUUGAAGGCGUCCAUUUCUCACAGGGGCUCUGUUUUAGAAAAUGCCCGAGACGCUCACGUUUGAUUACCAACAACUAGUUCAAGGAUUGCAUGGGCUACUCUUCCCCCAUACUACAUCAUGCCGCUCAGGAUUAAGCAUGGUUCCUGCUUGGGGUUGUGACUGACGUGUCUAUUCCAGUCAACCAGAGUGGCCAGGGAUCUGGCCUCCAACUCAGACAUCUGCCUGCCUCUGCCUCCCAAGUGCUGAGAUUAAAGGCCACCACUGCCUGGCUGAAAAGACAUUUCUCAUUCAACAGUCUUCAUGGAGCAGAGCAAGAGAAGGCCUUCCACUCUCCAGCCCUGUUCUGCAUAAUGUAAGGCUGAAAAGAAAUGAAAGCUUGGCCACCUGGGAUAGAAGUUCCCUGGAGUUCCACUAGCAAACCACAAACGUGGUAGUUUUGGAUACCCCGGGAUUGAGGCGGAUCAGCUACCCACCCCCGUCCCUUCCUCACUGUGUAUUUUGCUUAAAGUGGUCCAAGACUUGACAGACCUGCCUCCCCCAGACCCUAGUGCCAGCAGACUGACCCUCCUCAAAUACAGCCAUAGGAACCUCAAGGCCAGGUGGCACUGGCACAAGUCUUGGCUGAUACAGUUCAAGACUUCACUUUACGCAAGGCUCAGCUCAGCCUGCAUUUCAUAUGGGUCACUAAGGAGACCCGGGGUCAGGCUGCUUCCACUCUUGCAGGGGCUCAUCCUCCUUUCCGGUUGAACCGGGAAACCCUACGGCUCUCCCCAUAGACCUGAUUUUCAGCUUCCCCAGUAGAUGAGAAAAGGGGGCACAUCCAGGAAGGCUCAGAACAUAACCUUGAGGAGAGGGGCCGAGCCUCUGGGACCGCAAAGUGAAGCUGCUGGAGGGUGCCUGAUCUGGCCGCUGCCAGGGGCGGGCAGGACGGCGCACCAUGUACACUAUCACCAAGGGGCCCAGCAAGCUGGUCGCGCAGCGCCGCACAGGUCCCACGCAGCAGCAGGUGGAGAGCAGGCUUGGCGAACUCCUGAAAUGCCGGCAGCCAGUGCCUCCGACCGCGCUACCCGCGCGCGAGCAGCCUCAGGGACCCUGGCCCCUUGCAAGUCCUGGGCCGAGGCUUGUGUUCAAUCGAGUGAAUGGCCGUCGGCCCCUCACCACCUCCCCAUCCCUCGAAGGGACCCAAGAGACCUACACAGUGGCCCACGAGGAGAACGUCCGAUUUGUGUCAGAAGCCUGGCAGCAGGUAGAGCGACAGCUGGAUGGCGGCCCUGCCGAUGAGAGUAGCCCACGGCCUGUGCAGUAUGUGGAGAGCACUCCUGAUCCCCGGCUACAGAACUUUGUACCUAUUGACCUGGAUGAGUGGUGGGCACAGCAGUUCCUGGCUAAAAUCACCAACUGUUCCUAGCAGCUGUCCGGGGAAGAACAUUGCCAUAGCGGACCCUUUGCCAGAAGAGGACCAUGGUGCACCGGUCCACCCUGUGGCCUGGCUGGGUACCGGCCACACCUGAAGUGCCAACAUUUGGACUUUUGCACCUGUUGUUCCCUUGGCUUGGCUGUCCCAAGCUGCCAGAGCCAAGGGCCAAACCUGUCUAACCUCAGUCCUGCUCACUGUGCCCAGGCACCAGCCCUUGGGGCUGGCAGGGAGGAGUUCAGGCUAAUAAAGUUGAGAAACUGCC